UCCAGUGGUCGCGUGCGCUCAGGCAGCAGAAGUCGCCUCGUCUUCGGGACCAUCUACCUGCUGGUGUGACUAAACAGUGCACCCGUGCAUUCACUUAUGACAUUGGGAUUUGACCCACUCUACUGUGACCAGAUACCAUGUUACAACACAGGCGAACUCACUCAUGUACCUUACAUGUAGUGAGUCUGUGCUCUCUCACAAGCGCAAGUCAGCAAUGGAUACCAAAUCUCAAGUGGAAUACGCGGCUGUUCCCCUUCAUUUCGAUGCAGAGAUGACUUCCUACGUCGACCCUCCACCGAGCUGGGAAGAAGUAGUCAGCCCAGCGGAGGAGCAAGACAUGGAUGGGCCAGCAGAGCUCCCGCCCCCUGCGCCCAGCCGGCGAGCUCUGAUCUGGAGAAACCGACGAUAUAUCAUCGUGUUCCUGGUGCCUCUCAUCCUGUGUCCAAUCCCUAUCGCCAUCAACAAUUCUAUCGGCUACACGGCCUACAGCAUCCUGAUCAUGGCAAUCUUUUGGUGCACGGAGGCGAUCUCUUUGGCCGUGACGGCUCUCUUACCCCUCGUCCUCUUCCCGCUCUUCGGGGUCAUGCCGGCGAAGGAUGUUGCAGUCCAAUACUUCAAGGACACCAAUCUGCUUUUCUUCGGCGGCCUGAUGGUGGCUGUAGCCAUCGAGGACUGUAACCUGCACCGAAGGAUCGCCCUGGCUGUCUUGAUACUGGUGGGGUCCAAGCCAAGAUGGAUGAUGUUAGGUUUCAUGCUCAUUACUGCGUUCCUGUCCAUGUGGAUUAGUAACACCGCCACCACUGCCAUGAUGUUGCCGAUUGCGCAAGCUGUGCUACAGCAACUGAAAAAGGAUAACUUGAAACAGAAAGAUGAAAACACCAACCAGGACUGCAGUGAUGCAGAUACCAGAAGUGGGCGGGCCCACAGAGACAAGGAAGGAGAGGAAGCCAUUGCCAUGGAGGAGGUUCGGGUUAGGGGAAGUAUUGAUCAUCAACCUCACGAUAUCUACCGUCGUAACCUGCUGGAAGAGAACGAGCAAGAAUCUCGCUAUAAUCUCAUUUGCAAAGGCAUCGUGCUGUGCGUACCUUACGCUGCCAACAUCGGCGGUACAGCUACGCUGACAGGCACAGGUCCAAACCUCAUACUGGCUGGUCAGGUUAGCAGUUUGUUCGGGUCCGAGGCUGAGGUCAACUUUGGUGAGUGGAUGAUGUAUGCCGCGCCUGGUAUGCUGCUCUGCUUGCUUCUGAGCUGGAUCUGGAUGCAGAUUGUUUACGUGGAUCGCUGGUGCUGCAAGAAGCUGGGCCAGGAACUCGACCACGAGGGCGCCGCCAAAGUGAUCCGUCAGGCCUACAAGGACCUUGGACCCAUGUCGUUUGCCGAAAAAGGUGUCCUGGGCCAUUUCAUCCUAUUGAUUGUGCUGUGGAUAAGCCGUAAACCAGGCUUCGUGACCGGCUGGUCUGCGCUCUUCCCCGAUGGUUACGUGACCGACUCGACUACAGCGAUAUUUGUCUCUAUCCUACUCUUCAUGUUUCCGUCCCGGAUGCCCAAAUUCUUGUGUGGCCGGAGCUCGAAAGAAGACCUCAAGGAAGAAAAAGGGCCCUGUCCUGCCCUUCUUGAGUGGCCGAUCGUUCACAAGAAGAUGGCUUGGCUUGUGAUUAUCCUCCUUGGUGGGGGGUUUGCGCUGGCAGAAGCAUGCAAGGUGUCAGGUCUGUCAGCUUGGAUUGGUGAGCGGUUCACUGCGCUGGAUAGCUUCCCUCCCUUUGCUAUCGCGUUAGUGGUGUCCGUCAUUAUCGCUGCCUUCACGGAAGUCACCAGCAACACCGCUACAGCAACCAUCUUCCUUCCCAUACUUGCUAGUUUGGGGACGAGUAUCGGCGUCAAUCCACUGUUCCUGAUGCUACCUGCCACCGUGGCCUGCUCCUUCGCCUUCAUGCUGCCAGUAGCCACGCCCCCUAAUGCCAUCGCCUUCGCCUACGAGCAAAUCACUGUCAUGGACAUGGUAAACAAGCCUCACUAUUAAAGAAAACACUUAUUCUGUGUAUAAUUGGUCAUGGAGAAAUUUGGGAAACUAGCGUAGGUAAUUCGGUACCCAGGCCAGAUGUCAUCAAUACCAUUCGGUUGAUAAGCAAAUAACCUUUAACAUGAAAAGUUUUUUCACAUGGACUGAUGGAGUUUUUUUUUUCAAAAAUACUGUUCAAAGCUACUUUAAACACUGGGUGUACUCGAUGGCAUUAAGUGAAGUCCCAGGGAGGCGGUAACCUAAUGUUUACGAGCUAGUGUCAGCCAUGAUUAAGGAGAACAAGCGGCUAAAGGUCGGAACUUCAGAUUCAACUGUAUCUUUAAUAGUCGUGGUGAACUGUUAACAAGAUAAAUACAAAGAAAUAAUCAAGAUCCCGUGGAAUUCUAAUCGUGCACUUUGAGGAAAAUAUGUCAAGCUCCUAUAUACGAAAUGAUAGAAAACGGAGAAGUCGCUAUACACGUACUGAGGACUGGCAGCAAUACUGUUACAAAGGAGCAGCCAUGGAUUUUUUAUUCUAGGGUUGAACUGCCAGAAAAAUUUACAUGUAGGUAAACAUCUAACAUCAACAAAAACUGUCAAGAACUAUAAAAAAAAUAUCACAAUUUGUACAAGAAAAUCGAAAUCACUUUAAUCUAAGCAAAGGCUAUAAGCAUGCAUUCUAGAAUCGCGCCGAACCAAAUUAAAAGCAAAUUUUGAAUUAC